CCCUUCCCUUAUCCUCUGUCUCCCACCAACAAUGGCCGGCACGACAACCGUUCCCUUUCCGUCGACCUCCGUAUCUCUUGCCGGCGGCGAACUUUUCUUCACAACACCGAAACUACGACCAUCAAAUCUCGUCGGCCGUCCGACCUCCAUCCAGGUCGGGGCUCCAAAGUCAUGUCGGGUCAAUACUAUAACAUGCAAAGCUAACCGGUCUGCAUACUCGCCGUUGAACUCCGGGUCGAAUUACUCCGGCGACCGCCCGCCUACUGAAUUGGCUCCGCUUUUUCCCGGGUGUGAUUAUGAUCACUGGCUUAUAGUUAUGGAUAAACCCGGAGGUGAAGGUGCUACUAAACAGCAGAUGAUUGAUUGUUACAUACAAACUUUGGCUAAAGUUGUUGGAAGGUAAUUUUUGCUACUUGUUCUAAAUUUAUGGUUAAAUUUUUUACAGCCGAAUCACAUUUAGUCCAAUUACAAAAAUAUAGGCAAGAUUGGAGAAGAAAAGUUUGUGAUUACUUGAAAAGAUUUUGUGUAGAAAAUAUGAAAAGCUUUUGACUACUUGUAGUAUUAUAUAGGCAAAUAUGAAAAGUUUUUGGAGAAUGGUUGGAAAAGAAGAAAACUUUCUUCUACCAAAGUAAUGCCAGGAUUUUCAAGAAGUUGAAAUCCAAAUACAAAACUACUUGUAGUAGUAUAUGGGCAAAGAAUGGAAGUAUACACCAUUUCAUUUACAAGACACCUUUUUAAAAAAAAAAAUUUAAUAUUGUUAAAACUUUAUGAAGAAGAAAACUAAAGAUUUGAGUCUUUAAUACCCUAAAUUUCAUGCUAUUUUAGAAAAUUAUACCGCACAAGUUGGAUAGUUUGUAAAAUUAUAAAUUCACCACAUGUUGGAUGUUUAUCUCGAGAGUAGAAAUAAAAACACAUCCAAUGCUGAAGUCAUAAUUUGCUUCAUUAGUACUGAAGCAAGCAAAGGAGGGAUUUUCUUUUAAUAAUUCCAUUGAUCACUCAAAGUGUGAGCUCAAUUUUGUGAUAAUCAAGCCAUUCUAGCUCGAGCAUAUAAAAUGUAUAUAAUGUGAAGUCAAACUAAGUCUUUGACAUGAUUAUGUGUGUGAGAGAGAGUUAAUUAAAGAUGCAAUCAUUUUGCUCACAGUUGCGAAGUAGUUUGACUAAUAAUUAGAAAACCUCUUAUAAGGAAGUUGGUGAAAACAACUUUGAGUUUGGUUGAGUCAAAAUUCCUUAAUUAGGUCUACAUUUUAUUUUAGGAAUUCCAUUGAUUUCACAAAGCGUGAGCUCAAUUUUGUGAUAAUCAAGCCACUCUAGCUCGAGCAUAUAAAGUGUAUAUAAUGUGAAGUCAAGCUAGUAGCAUGUUUUGCCGAGCUUCUAAAAUCAACUUAUUUUGGAAAGUUUCUCAUUAUGCGAGAGAGUCAAUUUAAGAUGCAAUCAUUUUUCUCGCAGUUGCAAAUUAAAAAAGUAGUUUGACUAAUAAUUAAAAAACCUCUUAUUAGGAACUUGGCGAAAACAACUUCGAGUUUGAAUCUUUGAUUAAGCUAAAUACCUUAAUUAGGUCCACCAAAAUAGCAACCCUACCCGACACUAUGAAAUGAGUAGUUUUUGGUUCAAAGAGUAACAACAAGUUAGUGGAUGUUUCAGUACUUAAGCAUGAGACAUACGCACUAGUUGUCACAUAUAAG